AUGACAAAUUAUUUGAGCAAUAUAAUAACAUGGUACAAAACACGGGUUUUUGAAUACAGCCCUGAAUCUAAAGGACAAAGUGCAAGUAAGACACAAAGUGCAAGUAAGACACAAAGUGCAAGUAAGACACAAAGUGCAAGUAAGACACAAAGUGCAAGUAAGACACAAAGUGCAAGUAAGACACAAAGUGCAAGUAAGACACAAAGUGCAAGUAAGACACAAAGUGCAAGUAAGACACAAAGUGCAAGUAAGACACAAAGUGCAAGUAAGACACAAAGUGCAAGUAAGACACAAAGUGCAAGUAAGACACAAAGUGCAAGUAAGACACAAAGUGCAAGUAAGACACAAAGUGCAAGUAAGACACAAAGUGCAAGUAAGACACAAAGUGCAAGUAAGACACAAAGUGCAAGUAAGACACAAAGUGCAAGUAAGACACAAAGUGCAAGUAAGACACAAAGUGCAAGUAAGACACAAAGUGCAAGUAAGACACAAAGUGCAAGUAAGACACAAAGUGCAAGUAAGACACAAAGUGCAAGUAAGACACAAAGUGCAAGUAAGACACAAAGUGCAAGUAAGACACAAAGUGCAAGUAAGACACAAAGUGCAAGUAAGACACAAAGUGCAAGUAAGACACAAAGUGCAAGUAAGACACAAAGUGCAAGUAAGACACAAAGUGCAAGUAAGACACAAAGUGCAAGUAAGACACAAAGUGCAAGUAAGACACAAAGUGCAAGUAAGACACAAAGUGCAAGUAAGACACAAAGUGCAAGUAAGACACAAAGUGCAAGUAAGACACAAAGUGCAAGUAAGACACAAACUCUUCCCUGA